CCGUUUCACCGAUCACACUGUCCAUCUGCGGGUCUCAUUUGGUCGCGUCUACGCUUAGGUCGUGUGUGUCGUUUGUCUGUGUCGUCAGCGUCUGCGUCAACAGCAGAUCAGUCUUAUCGCUCCGAUGUGCAACCGGUUAUUCCACGGCCACGACAUCGUUUUUUAAAUACUGGAUUCGCGACGUCCGAUAGUGUUUCGACGUAAGUUCUUAACUUUUGAGUUUAUCACGACUACCGCUACUUUCUUCGCGAAAAUCUCAGCAAAGAGUGUGUCUUCUGUCACGAGAGAACGGUAUCGCGAUUCCGGGCAAACCGCGAGGAUAAGAAAGUGAAAGAUUAAACGUUGUAUUAAUAAUAGCGGUAUAAGAUAUAAGGAAGAUGCAGCACCUUCUACCGUUGCUUUUGGUGAUUCUAAUAAUACAAACGUCGUUCGCACCACCCGUUUCACAGAACAAGAAUGAAGAUCACAAGGACAAGGAAAAUAAGGUUGAUGACUCGGAUGAUAUGGCGAAAAUCAUGGAAUAUCACAGGUACCUGAAGGAAGUGAUUCAAACUCUGGAGAGUGAUGUGGAAUUUCGCGAAAAGUUGGAGAAAGCUGAUGAAGCUGAUAUACGCACAGGCAAGAUAGCGCACGAGUUGCAGUUUGUGAAUCACAAAAUCAGAACAAAGUUAGAUGAAUUAAAACGAGAGGAAUUGGAAAGACUGAGACAUCUCGCCACUAAGGAACAUAAUCUGAUGAACGGCCUGGAUCUCAAUCAUUUGAAGAUAGCAGAGCAUUUGGACCACUCCAACACGCACACGUUUGAAAUAGACGAUCUGAAGAAACUGAUUGCAAAGACCACACAAGACUUGGCAGAAGCUGAUAAACGAAGACGCGAAGAGUUUAAGGAGUAUGAGAUGAAGAAGAAAUUCGAGGAAGAGCAAAAGAUGAAGGGUAAUACUGGUAUGAAGGAGGAGGAAAGGAAGAAAUAUGAGGAGCAGUUGGUAGCGAUGAAGAAAAAGCACAUGGAACAUCAACCUCUACAUCACCCCGGUAGUAAGCAACAACUGGAAGAGGUAUGGGAGAAGCAAGAUCACAUGGAGAAUCAAGAAUUUAAUCCCAAGACAUUCUUUUACCUCCAUGAUCUGGAUGGCAAUGGGUUCUGGGAUCAAGAUGAGGUAAAAGCUCUGUUCUUAAAGGAAUUAGACAAAAUUUACAGUGAAGGCUCCCCUGAAGAUGAUAUCUAUGAAAGGCGCGAAGAAAUGGAAAGAAUGAGGGAACAUGUGUUUAACGAAGCUGAUCUCAAUCACGACGGUCUUAUCAGUUAUCAAGAGUUUCUAGAACAGACGAAGAAACCUGAUUUCCAACGAGAUGAAGGAUGGCGAGCAUUGGAAGAACAAGAGAUUUACUCUCAGCAAGAAUACGAGGCUUACGAGAGACGCAGGCAAGAGGAGGUGCAGAAAAUGAUCGCUAAAGGAAUGUUACCACCACUCCCUGACAAUGCACAUCUACCCGUUCAGCAUGAACAGUUCCCACCGCAAUACCAGCAGUAUCCGGGAGCGGCGCAACCACCGAUAGGUCACGCACCACCGCCGCAAUACCAGGGUCAAGUUCCACCCUAUCAGGCUCAGAUUCCGCAACAACAACAUUAUCAGGGUCAAGUUCCGCAGCAACAAUCACAGUAUCAACAAGCACAGCUGCCUCAGUAUCAAGCGCAAAUGCCACAUCAACAACAAUUCCAAGCUCAACAGGCUCAACAACAGUACCACCAGGCCCAACCUCAGCAAAUUCCACAACAAUACCAGGGUCAGCCUCAUCAGGUACAAGCGCAACAUCAACAACAACAGGCGCAACAUGAACAACAAACGCAACAACAGCAACAACAGAUGCAGAACAAAAUAGCGCAGAACAUUCAGGAUAACGUCUUGUCGAACAAUCCAGGAGUUGCAGCAGGUAGCCAACAACAGAAUCUACAGAGCGCAUCGAGUUCCCCUCAGCAACAGCAACAACUAAACCCAAAUAGUAUACCGAAUGUACAGAAAGUGUAGAAAUAUGCUACCAGAUCAAUGGUAAAAAUAUCUUUUAAUUCACUUCUUUGUGAAGUGUGUUUCGAUCCUGAUCUGAGAUCGAACCGAUAAGUUCGAUGGCUCAAUUUAAGGAAGUUAAAUUAUUUCCUUAGAAACUUAAAUUUGGAUUUCAGAUUUUUUGUUUGAUUCGAAAUUCAUAUUUAAAUUUUACAUUUGAGAAAUAUAUGCAUCUAUAUGCUAUUAUUUUCAAUAUAAAAUAUACGAAAUAUAUAUAUAUAUAUCAAACGCUUUUGUAACAUAUUUGAUUGUUCUUGAAAUGAGCUAUCGAGUUCACUUUACCAAUUUGUUCCUAACGUCAAUAGGGAUGAAGUCUAACGACGAUAAAUUAGUAUUUGAUUCCGUCAAGUUAGAUAAUCUAUUAUACUCCCAUAUUUUCAAAUUUUAUUAAAUUCUAUGACAAUUCUUUAUUUGAUGUUAUCAAAUUGCAAUGCCACAAUGCCAACUACGUAAAAUAAAAUGACGGAAUAACAGAUUAGCUAUGAUUAUUUAUGAUAAAAGAAUAGUGAUCAUUACUUUUAUUACAAUAAACUUUAUUGAGCAUAUGGCUCUUGUGUUUA